AUGCAUUCAAUUCGCUCUGGGACGUGGUCUCGAGGACUGGAGAGUCUACUUUGCAGACAACUCCAUUCACCUCGUAUUUCUCCCUUACGGGCCUCACUAACCCAGCAGACUACUCGGUAUGCUAGCUCUGCUUCAUCACCAGAGAAGGCUUUCCAGGAGCGCCUCCUGGAAGUCAAGGCAGCUUGUCCCGAGCCCUAUCCCCGACUGGCGGUAGACCAGCGCACCCUGAGCUGUGCCGAAUUCCGGACUCAGUAUGAUGGAUUGGCCAACAAUGACUCUGUUGAAGAAAUUGUUGUCGUCUCCGACUGUAUCGCCUACUUCGUCGCGGAGAUUCGUUCAGUAGGUUUUUUACUACUUGCAGGCUGGGAACGCCUUUCUAACAACGUUGCAGCUGUAACUGGUAAACCGCAUCGUACCGGCCGCGGUGAGCUGACGAUCAACGCAACCGAAGUCCCGAGAUUGCUCUCGCCCUGUCUACACGAUGUGCCUGUAUACGACAGCUCGCAUGAAACCUCGCCUUAUCCUCGCCAUGUCCAGUUUCUGACUGACCCCGCUGCGGCUGAUAUCAUCCGAGCCCGGUCUUCAUUGAUCCAAUAUCUUCGCCAAUUCUUCGUGAACAAGGAAUUCAUGGAGGUCAGUACCCCGAUUAUCGAAUCCGUGGCUGGCGGUGCAAUUGCCCGCCCGUUCUAUACAUCUGCCACAGAAUUUCCCGAGCGCCAGCUAUCGCUGCGUAUUGCGCCAGAAUUGUGGUUGAAGCGAAUGGUUGUCGGUGGGUUUGACAAAAUCUUUGAGAUUGGGCCUUCGUUCCGGAAUGAGGGACUGGACAAGACCCAUAAUCCGGAGUUUACUACUUGUGAAUUCUAUCAUGCCUAUGCCAACUUGGAAGACCUGAUGCGCAUCACUGAAGAUUUACUGAGCGGCAUGGCCGCACACAUCCAAGCCUUCAAUAAGAAUAAUACUCUCCAACCUACCCAAGCCAACUUCACCGCACCGUUCCGCCGCAUCGACUUCAUCACUGGGAUCGAAGAAGGCCUCCACCAGAAACUCCCUGACCUCUCCGCGCCAGAUGCCCUCGAUCAGAUCCGCAGACUUUUCAAUUCCCUAUCUCUUCCCCUUCCGGCAAAAGCGACCCUCCCCCGCCUCCUCGAUGAGCUAUGUAGCAUCUACGUCGAGCCUCAGUGUCAAGACCCUACCUUCAUUAUCAAUCCACCCGAAUGUCUUUCACCGCUGUCGAAAUCCUUCACAAACCCCGCCAAUGGACAACGCGUAGGAGCCCGGGGCGAACUCUUCAUUGAAGGCAAGGAAGUCAUCAAUACCUACGAGGAGGAAAAUUCGCCCUUUGAGCAGCGCCGCAAGUUCGAGGAUCAACUGCGGUUCGGCAAAGACGUCGGUGAGCCGGGCGAGAUUGACGAGAAUUACCUCGAAGCUCUGCAGUGGGGCCUCCCCGCUACAGGUGGCUGGGGUUGCGGUAUUGAUCGUCUGGUCAUGCUUUUCACAGGUGCUAAAAAGAUUGCCGAUGUGUUGCCCUUUGGUAAUCUGAGGGCCGUGUCGAGACGGGCUGGUGGUAGCGAGUAG